UGAUUGUCGCUACUCAAGUUGAAAGUUGGGAAUUAUGCAUGCUGCGUGCUUUUAAAAGCAAUAUCAACAAAUUGAUCGUCGUCGAAUACUAAAAAGCAACGGCAAGUGAUUGCAUGGAGUGGACAUGGCUUAAGGACUGGUGGCGCCUCAAAAAGCUACGAUCGCGUCAUCAGCGCCAUAGAAAGAAGUUGGAAGCAAAUUCUUGUAGCGGCGUCACUUUGCCCACAAAUCAGUUGCAAGAUGCUGACGAGCACUCGACGCCGGAUAGCGAGGAGCGCAGUUGCGACCCGGACACGCAUAAGCGAGCCAGACGCCGCAACAGACGCAGUGGCAUGCCACAACAGCAAAUGACAAAGAUGAAGGAGGGCGAGGAUGGCAAUGGCGAGUAUGGGCCAUUUAACGGUUGCGACUACGCUGAUCAUGAUUAUCAAUGCGGCGUCAGCAACGACGACAACAACAGCGACGAUUUUUGUUACUGCGACGAGUGCCUCAAUGGCGACACGGACUUUGGGGACAGCAAUGACGGAAUGGAUUCCGAUACGAGCACCUCGUCAAGUACCAGCAAACAGGUCAUUGUGGGCAUCUGUGCGAUGGCCAAGAAGACACAAUCGAAGCCAAUGAAGGAGAUAUUGACGCGGCUGGGAGAGUUUGAGUUCAUUCGCCUGGUGACGUUUGAGGAGAAUGUGAUAUUACGCGAACAAGUACAGAACUGGCCCAUCUGCGAUUGCCUUGUCUCUUUUCACUCCAAAGGCUUUCCGCUGGAGAAGGCGAUCGAGUAUGCGCAGCUCCGCAAUCCGUUUGUCCUCAAUAAUCUGCAUAUGCAGUACGACAUCCAGGACAGACGACGCGUCUAUGCCAUACUGGAGAAGGAGGGCAUCGAAAUACCGCGCUAUGCUGUCCUCGAUCGCGACUCACCCGAUCCGAAGCAUCAUGAACUCAUUGAGUCGGAGGAUCAUGUUGAGGUCAAUGGUAUUACGUUUAACAAGCCGUUUGUCGAGAAGCCCGUCUCGGCGGAGGAUCACAACAUCUAUAUCUACUAUCCAACGUCUGCGGGCGGUGGCAGCCAGCGUUUAUUUCGCAAAAUUGGUAGCCGUAGUAGCGUUUACUCGCCGGAGUCGCGGGUGCGCAAAACGGGCUCCUUUAUCUACGAGGACUUUAUGCCCACCGAUGUGUACUUUUCAGGCACCGACGUCAAGGUCUACACCGUUGGUCCGGAUUAUGCCCAUGCGGAGGCACGCAAGAGCCCGGCGCUCGAUGGCAAAGUGGAGCGGGAUAGCGAGGGCAAGGAGAUACGCUAUCCGGUUAUACUUAAUCACUCGGAGAAGUUAAUAUCGCGCAAGGUGUGCUUGGCCUUCAAGCAGACCGUCUGCGGCUUUGAUCUGCUGCGAGCCAAUGGCAAGAGCUACGUUUGCGAUGUCAACGGAUUUAGUUUUGUGAAGAACUCCAACAAAUAUUAUGACGAUUGCGCCAAAAUUCUGGGCAACAUGAUACUGCGGGAACUCACGCCGACCCUCCACAUACCCUGGUCGGUGCCAUUCCAGCUGGACGAUCCACCCAUUGUGCCCACAACAUUUGGCAAAAUGAUGGAGCUACGCUGCGUUGUGGCCAUAAUCAGGCAUGGAGAUCGCACGCCCAAGCAGAAGAUGAAGGUCGAAGUGCGCCAUCCGAAAUUCUUUGAGAUCUUUGAGAAAUACGACGGCUACAAGCUGGGACACGUGAAGCUAAAGAGGCCCAAGCAGCUGCAAGAAAUACUUGAUAUAGCCCGAUUUCUGCUUAGCGAGAUACACACAAAGGCGCAUGCGGAGAUUGAGGAGAAGGAGAGCAAGCUGGAGCAGCUAAAGAACGUUCUCGAAAUGUAUGGCCAUUUUUCGGGGAUUAAUCGCAAGGUGCAAAUGAAAUACCAGCCCAAGGGACGUCCACGUGGCUCCAGCUCUGAUGAUGUCCUAACAAUUCCAGCCGAGACGCCCGCCGAACCCUCGCUGGUCCUCAUCCUCAAAUGGGGCGGCGAACUAACGCCAGCGGGUCGCAUACAGGCCGAGGAGCUGGGACGCAUUUUUCGCUGCAUGUAUCCGGGCGGACAGGGACGCUCCGACUAUUCGGGCACACAAGGCUUGGGUCUACUGCGUUUGCACUCAACGUUUCGUCACGACCUCAAGAUCUAUGCCUCGGAUGAGGGGCGCGUUCAAAUGACUGCCGCUGCCUUUGCCAAGGGACUGCUGGCACUGGAAGGCGAGCUGACGCCCAUCCUGGUCCAAAUGGUGAAGAGCGCCAAUACAAACGGACUGCUCGACAACGAUUGCGAUUCAAGCAAAUACCAAAACCUCGCCAAGGGUCGACUGCACGAGCUGAUGCAAAACGAUCGCGAGUUCACACAGGAGGAUCGUGUCUUGAUUAAUCCGUGCAACAGCAAAUCAAUAACGCAGGCUUUGGACUUUGUCAAGAAUCCGGUUGAUUGUUGUCAUCAUGUGCAUUUGCUGAUACGCGAACUGCUACACAUUAUAAGCAUUAAGAAGGACGAUCCAAAGACAAAGGAUGCGAUACUGUACCAUGGCGAGACAUGGGAUCUGAUGCGCUGUCGCUGGGAGAAGAUUGAGAAGGAUUUUAGCACAAAGUCAAAGCUCUUCGAUAUCUCGAAAAUACCCGAUAUUUAUGAUUGCAUCAAAUAUGAUUUACAGCACAAUCAGCAUACGCUGCAAUACGAUCAGGCCGAGGAGCUGUAUAUCUAUGCGAAGAACCUGGCCGAUAUUGUAAUACCUCAAGAAUAUGGUCUGACACCGCAGGAGAAGCUGGCCAUUGGUCAGGGUAUUUGCUCACCGCUGCUGCGCAAAAUCAAGGGCGAUCUGCAGCGCAACAUUGACGAGAUCGAGGAUGAGUUCAUGAACCGACUGAAUCCGCACUACAGCCACGGCGUGGCCAGUCCGCAGAGGCAUGUGCGGACCCGGCUCUACUUUACGAGCGAGUCGCAUGUGCAUUCGCUGCUGACGGUGCUCCGUUACGGCGGAUUGCUGAAUGUCGUCACCGACGAACAGUGGCGCCGUGCCAUGGACUAUAUAUCGAUGGUAACGGAGCUGAACUAUAUGUCCCAGAUUGUUAUAAUGCUGUACGAGGAUCCGACCAAAGAUCCAACAUCGGAGGAGCGUUUCCAUGUCGAGUUGCAUUUCAGUCCGGGCGUCAAUUGUUGCGUACAAAAGAAUUUGCCACCUGGGCCCGGAUUUCGGCCGCACUCACACGGCGACAACUCGUGCAACUCGAGUGUGCAGUCCAACGAGGAGUCGAAUCCAUCACGCAUCGAGGAGGAGAACGACACCAUUCCAAGCGAGGAGCAGCAGGGCAAGAUGCGCAGCUGCCCGUUGUCGAAUGCGCGGAAUACAACUGGCAACUCAUUUGGCUUUAAUCGGCUGGACCUGCGCUCCAAGCAGUCCAAGUCGAAGCCCAUCCCAAUUGGGGCCCAUCACACGGUCAGCGGUCACGAGGCGAUGGAUUUGGCGAAACGUCUAAACGAGGAGCUCGCCUCGCAGCAGCAGCAACAGCAGCAGCAGCUGCUGCUCCACAACCAGGGCAACCAGGGCCACCACCAGCACUACCAGCACCACCAUCAGCAUCAGCAGCAGCAACUGCGACCCAUCAGUCCCGAUAUACGGGCCGGCAGUCCCGAUUGUGAGCCGCGCUCGCGCAGCUACGAGCAGCGUGGAUCGCCGUCGGCAAGUCGCGACAAGGAGGCGGCGCCGUCGGCUAGCUUGGAUGAGAUCGCUAAUGCUCGCAUGGGCGUGGGCGUGGGCGUGGCCAGUGGAAGUAGCGGCAAUCGGACCGCAAUUCAAAUACGCGUUACAGAUAAAUUGUCCUUCUUCAAGAUCGAUUCGUCGACCAAUGAAUUGCCGCUGUCGGACAUCGAUUUCUCAUUGACGCCGGGCACGCCGCAGUGCCUCAAUGUGAAUGCCGGCAGUCGGACUCACAAGCGCCACAAUCUGUUGCGGAUGCGGCGAAUGGUUAGCGGUGAUGAGUCCGAUUUUGAGGGAGUACAGCCGCAAAUCUCAACGCUGGCCACAAACGAGCGGCCAUUGAGCUGCAAUUGCAACUGCAGCAGCAGCAACUCGUUUCCGCUCGCCUCGGCGCAUGCCCACUCCAAGAGUCUUAUGCAACUGGCCGGGAGCAGGGACAGUCAAGGUCAGGCCAGUGCUGCUGCUGUUGCUACUGCUACUGGUGCUGGUGCUGGUGCUACUGCUCGGAGCACAGCUUCUUCUGUUAGCUUCGAGUAUGAUUUCCAGGCAUCGAGCUCGGCUCCAGCGGUGCUCUUAAGCGGCACAUUUGGGCAGCAGCAGGCGUUGGGCGCUGGGCACAGCACCAGUUCACCGACAGCCUCCACAUGGCGGCUGUGCAUGGAGAUGGACAUAGACAGGGACAGGGAGAGGGAAACGAACGUUUCGCGUCAUCGGCAAUUGGAGCGCGGGCGGCGCAAGGUCAACAGCCAUUCGUGUGGCCAACUGUCCAUUUUGCUGGCAACGCCGCCCGCCUUGCCAGAGAAUCCCUUUCGCUUUGGGGCAAUGGGGCAAGUGCAAGCGGCGGCGACGGCGGCGCCGGCGGCAACCGCCGCAUCAGUUGCAUCAACUGGUGGCAAUGCAUUUGUCAGCUGCUUUGCGCCCAUUGCCGAGCAUGUAACGCCUUCGGCCACGCCCAGUCAGACGCCCAUCGAGGAGCAGAUGUUGUAUAACAUACCCAGCCUGCUGAUCACAGCCACAGCCAGCGUGACAAGCAACCUAACCACUCCCACAUCGAUUACAGUGACCCCGACCAUACCACUACCACCACCGCCACCCACUAAAACAGCAACAGCAACAGCAACUGCAACAACUUUAAUAGAAACAGCAACAACUACAACUGCAACUGCAAUAGCUUUGUUUAAGACCACAGCAACAAUGUCUUCUAAUCAAACUAAUACUAACCAAUUUAAACCAAUCGAUCCCUCCCCAAUUGACGCACCAAAACAAUACACCAACCACCAACACCACCACCAACACCACCACCACAACAAAAACAACAACAACAACACAAAUACCAUCAUCAACAUCAAUACACACACAACAAUUACCAUAACACCACCAACAACAACAACAACAAAAACAACAACCAUGGACAACAACAACAUCAUCACAACGUCCCCGUCUUGUUGUACCAAUUGUACCAUCGAUACAGAUAGCAACAAUUCGGUCUCGGUAUCAGCAUCGGUAUCAUCAGUAUCAGCCAAUUCGUCCUCCACAUCGUCGCGUCGCCAAAGACACAGUAUUGCCGGCCAGAUGUCCUAUAUGAAAAUGUUGGGUUUCGGUGGUUUUAGCAAAAAGAUGGCAACCAGCGCAAAUAGCCUUUUCAGUACGGCAGUUAUAAGCGGCAGCUCAUCGGCGCCGAAUCUACGCGAUAUGAUACCGGUAUCAUCAUCCGGGUUCGGGGAUGUGCCGCCGAUACGACCACUGGAGACACUGCACAAUGCACUGUCGCUGCGGAAACUGGACAGCUUUCUCCAGGAUAUGAUAGCCCAGAUCUCCAAGACGCCGACGGGUUCGCCGCCACGCGUUCUUGGUGGCGCCACAGCCGUUGCUACCAACGAGUCGAUAGUCGUUGCACCAGCACCUGGAGUUGGUCAGGUCAUAUCGGUAUCGGAUAUAACAUCGAAUUCAAUGGCGGCGGAUCCUGAGCAAAAAGAUGCCCGUUUGACCAAGAGGCCUAACCAGAAUGCAACUGGCGAGACCAGUGAUUAUUCUGGCAUCAGCGAGUCCGAUCCGAGUGGUGCUGCACGGUCAUCAGAGCCCGACGAAGAUGUCAACGAUGUGGCAGUGCAACACGUGCAACAAAUUGCAACAGCACAAAUACAGCCCGGGCAACAACAGCAGCAGCCACAGGACAUCGUAUCUGUGGAGCACCAGGAUGCUGCUCCCCUUCAGAAUGUGAACAGCCCCUUGAGCACUGUGGAGAUUGUGAUGAUGAAUGAGCCAGAUGUGUCGGAUGAGCUGCACUCCUUUUUGCCCAUGAACCAGGAUACGCUACAGCUGGCCGACGGCAGCAUCUAUCUGAGUGUCUGCGAUGAAUUUGGACCGGGCAGCACAUCCCUUACCCCAGUCAGUACUGGGCUGGACAUCGACCUUGACCUGAGCAUGGUGGCCAACAAGGGUUCCAUGACGCUUUCCAUAGAUGGCUUUGAAGAUGACGAGGAGGCCACACCGUCGACAGCAAUGACGCCUUCACUGCCUGUCGAUGUGGAGCCCAAAUUGGAGAUGUGCUACUGUUGUUCGGCGCAUGCUGUCGCUCCGCCGGAGGUUGCCACCGAUGAUCCGAAGUAUUGCUUUGCUCUGCCGGUGCACAUAACGCAGGCCUCGCCGGAGCACACUCGUUCAAGCGUGCGGCGCACUCAUGAUCCCAUCUCGCCGCGCAUACAAAAACAAAUCAGCAUGUUUGAGGGGGCCGCCAUCAGUCCGGAGGCGAAUGGAGGCGCAAUGCAUGCCUCGAUCAAUUUGCCAGCGGUUGCGUAUCAGUUGCGUCAGGAUGCACGCCUGCGCAAGUUCGAGAACCUAACGCAGUCCACAUCCACCUCGAACUUCCCAUUUGAGAGCAACACGCUGAAGAGGGCACCGCUGGUCAGCACCAAGGAUGACUAUGCCAAUGUCUCGCACACGCAGAGCUGCAUCAAUCUGAAGAGCAGCAGCGAUGCUGACUCCAGGGCUGGCUCCUUGAGGCAACACACAACUGCAGCCAACUAUAAUCGGCCGCCCAACGCGCUAUCGGUUUGCUAUUCGCUGGACACAGAUGCAACAAUCUGUAGCACACCGACAGCAGGAGCAUCAGGAACGGCAGCAGGAGCGGCAGUAGGAACAGCAGCAGGAGCAGGAGCAGGUGCAGCAGAUGCGUCACCGCAUCCGGGUGCACUGAUUGUAAAGGAACGAUUCAUAGAGCCACCUAUGCGUGGCAUUGUCCGUGGCUAUCACGACAAAACACAGUCAAUGGACGCCGACUUUCUGUUCAACGAGUUUCUCCUGCUGCCGGCCAUUCCGCCCAAAGUUAAUGAUGACCAGUCCAAGGAGCAGCCGUCGGAGAACGUCCAGAUGCAAAAUUAUGAACUAUAAUCUAUAACAAUUGUUUUAUUUCAAUCUUCAUCUAUUUAUCUCAAGUUGUAACUUGAAUUGUUGUUGCAUUCGCACUGUUGCUUAGCCCAAGUAUACUAAAAUUAAAUCUAUUUUUCUGUCCGUA